AUGGAGCAAGUGAGCGCCGCCUUGACCGCGACAGUCAGCUUUUUGGUGAAAAACAAAAACCUUGAUAUGGCAGCGUACGCAGCCAUUGAAAGCACACAGGUGCAGCAACUAUUAGGCCAGCUCACAGAGGUUUCCCUGACCCUUGAUGAGGCUACACGUCUGUCAGAGUCCAUCCAUGCCUCUGGUUUGAAUGCCAAGCACAAGGCUGCUUUGCACGUCGCCUUGUCGGGCAGCAGUGGGAACACACCGCCGAGGGGCCGGGCGUGUCAGAAGCUGCUUAGUGGCUUUUUCAACUACCUGACAAAGACUGACCGCGCGUUGUUGUCCAACGAGCGGCAACAUGCUUUUGCCAGGGCGUCGGUUGUAGUGGACCGCAUGCUGUCCAUUGGAUUGUACAUGCCUUGCGAGAAGACCGUGGGGCGCAUUACCCAGACCUGCGCCGAGCGCUUUAGCAUGGGCGGGUCACCUCAGGAGAAGCAUGCCCUCCUAGAGGAAUUGAAGCGACAGUUGAAAGGUCAGAGGGAAGGCUUGCAGCCGAAAGUAUUCGAUUCCAGGGGAUCCUCGAUCGUGCCCUCGGUCUUGAGAAGACUUUUGAAGGCGAUGAGCUUGUGCCUUUGGAAACAGCUGCGCACAAGCCCGGAAA